AUGAUGUUGGGGGCACAUCGGAAGCAGCCUCCCAUUUGGCUGUUUGCGUGUCUGCCAAUCAUUCUCUUGUUGUCAACUAUCUUCCUAUACCAUUGGAAAACUCUCUCAGCCGUCAUUAUCGAUGCACCAAGUCUCAACGGAACCGCUGUCGAUGAAGGCAUCGAGACUUUCAGUCAGGAGCAACCAAUAGAAACCUCAGUCGAUAAAGGCACCGAGACCGUCAGCGAGGAGGAGCCCGUGGAGAGCACCAUCAUCAGAGACGUCCCCCAUGACGAGUACAUAGCAGUGUGCCUUCUUGCUAAGGACCAGGCGUUAGACAUGGUCGAAUUCUUCCAGCAUCACUACUAUGAAAUGGGAAUUCGUCGGUUUUGGGUCAUGGAUGACGCCUCCGAUCCUCCACUGUCUACAUUCCAGCAUGAAUACGGCAUCCCAUAUGAAGCUAUCGACUUCGUCUACCACCCCAAGACUACAGAUCUGAUUCAGCAUAGACCAAUAAUAGAUUACUGCAUGCAAACUCAUGUGGGAAAUCACUCAUGGGUUGCAGUUAUUGACGCCGACGAAUUCAUUGACACGCCAGGCCCGGAGACGCUCGAGGAAGUACUGCGAGACUUUGAGGAGACACGUCCUGAUGUCGGAGCAAUAGGCGUGAAUUGGCAGAUGCAUACAUCCAACGGUCAAAUCAGCCGGGUCGAAUCGUCUCGUAAAACAUAUCUAGAGUGCAUUAGCGACGGUGAAGGAAACAUGGGCGAGUCCGGAAACAAGCAUGUGAAAAGCAUCCUCCGCCCAAAGGCCUACGCCAGCCCCCAAAACCCACAUACAUUCAACCUCCAGCCAGGUUUCGUCACAGUGGGCGAGCAUGGUGACGCGAUGCCCGGGUCAACCUUUCGACAGCCUAUCACUAGGGACAGGCUCUCGCUUCAACACUAUGUUCUCAAAUCGUGGGAGGAUUACUAUGACAAGACUUCGCGGAGUGGGAAAGACUGGAAUUUCUGGAAUCUUAUGGAAUAUAAAUUGGAACAUGUUGCAUGCCCGCAGAUGUUGAGAUAUUUUGCAAAACCACCAAACCGUCCUCAUUCUAAUAAAAGAUAA